GCUCUGCAUGGGCACCAACUACACCGUGGCCAGCGGCGACACAUGCGAGUCAAUUACGGCCGAUCACGGCCUUGCAAUCGACCGCUUCCUUGAGGACAACAGCAUCGACUUCCACUGCCAGUCGCUCGAGGUAGGAUCUACCGUCUGCGCCGACCAGAAGUGCCGACUGGGGACGGUCCCGGAAAAUGCCACAUGCGCCGACCUUUUGCGCACCAACGACUUUACCCUAACCGGGCUGCUAUCUUGGAACCCCAUUAUCCACUCCACCCGCAACAACCACCCGACCCUCGCCGGCAGGACCAUAUUCUUGUCAUCCUCGCUUUGA